AUGGCAGCAGCGAGUCCUCAGAACGUCAUUAGAAGGAAACUCGUCAUCAUUGGCGACGGUGCUUGCGGCAAGACUAGUUUGCUGAGUGUCUUUACCCUUGGAUACUUUCCCACACAUUACAUUCCUACAGUCUUUGAGAACUAUGUGACAGAUUGCAGGGUGGAUGGGAAGUCCGUUCAGCUAGCACUAUGGGAUACCGCAGGACAGGAGGACUACGAGCGACUGCGGCCACUUGCGUAUUCUAAAGCCCACGUCAUCCUCAUUGGGUUCUCCGUUGAUACUCCUGACUCACUCGAUAACGUCAAGCACAAGUGGAUAGAAGAGGUCACCCGACUCUGCCCCGGCGUUCCCAUCAUUUUGGUCGGACUGAAGAAGGAUCUGCGCGAAGACCCCGUCGCCAUCGAGGAGAUGCGCAAGAAGUCGUUGCGCUUCGUAACUACCCAGGAAGGCGAUGCCGCUGCCCGCGAGAUCCAGGCCAAGAAAUAUCUCGAGUGCUCCAGUCUCAGCGGUGAGGGCGUUGACGACGUCUUUGAGGCCGCCACGCGCGCGGCCCUGUUGACAUUCGAGAAGGGCGAGGGAGGCGGUUGCUGUGUUAUUCUUUGA